AUAGAUACUACCCCUUGUUUUUAAGUACGCUAUUAUUCUGUGAAGUUUCAUGUCGUAUUUUCUCGUGUUUUUAUUUACGUGUUAGGUUUUAAUUAAAAUUGGGAAUAUGGAUGAAGUUGCUAAAUUGGAGCAUUUAUCAUUAGUAUCUAAAAUAUGUACUGAACUAGAUAAUCACUUGGGUCUAAAUGACAAAGAUUUAGCGGAAUUUAUAAUAGAUCUAGCUGAUAAAAACCCAACCUUUGAAGGAUUCAAAAAAACUUUGAUUGAAAAUGGAGCAGAAUUUUCAGAUUCUUUUAUGACAAAUUUACUACGCAUAAUACAGCAUAUGAAACCUGUAAACUCUACCGAAACAACAAAUGAAAGACCCACUAACAAGAGUACACUGGCUACUAAGUUUCCCGGCUUAGCAAUACCUAAUGAAAAGGCACCACAGUUUUCAUCUGACGAUGAUAGUAGUGAUGAGGAUAAAGGUGAAACUAAACACAAAAGAAUAACCUCCAAAGACAUAUUCAAGGAAGAAGGUAAAUUAAAAAAUGAUGAUGUUGUUGAUAAAGCAAUGGCAGAGCUCGAGGCUUUAGCACCUUCAAAUUCCAGUACAAAGCCUGGACACCAAAUAGACAGUAAGAAAUCUGAUGAAGGUGACAAGAAUUUAAAAGAUAGUAAAAAUAAAAAAAGGGAAAGGUCAAAAGAAAGAAGCAGACGCAGUAGAAGUAGAGAUAAGAGAAAUCAUAGUAGAGAGAGAAGAAGCCACAGUAGAGGUAGAGACAGAAGAAAAAGGUCGAGAAGUAGACAUAGGAAUAGAUCCAAUGAGAGACAGCGGUCUAGAUCAAGGAACAGACAUCGGUCAAGAUCUCGAGAUAGACAGAGAUCCAGAUCUAGAGAAAGGUACAGAAGAUCUAGGUCUCGAGGUAGGAAAUCAAGAGAUAGAUCACACUCUCGAAACAGAGAGGAUAAACAUAGGUAUGGGGACUCUUUUAAGAAACCUAGAAAGAGAAGUCCAGAAUUGGAAAUGAGUGAUGAUCCAGAACCAGGAAAGAUUUAUAACGGGCGAGUGGCUAACAUUGUGCCAUUUGGUUGUUUUGUACAAAUCGAGGGUGUGAGAAAGAGGUGGGAGGGCUUGGUACACAUAUCCCAGCUGCGCUCUGAAGGUCGGGUCACUAAUGUUUCAGAUGUUGUAUCAAGAGGAGAUAAAGUUAAGAUUAAGGUAUUAUCAAUAACAGGACAAAAAGUAUCACUCACUAUGAAGGAUGUCUGUCAAGAAACAGGAAAAGAUCUCAACCCAACUUCACAUGCUCAUUUGGAGGCGGAGCGCGAAGGCCGCAACCCGGACCGGCCCGCCGCCAACGCGACCGUGCUGGCAGGACUACAGGGUGCGCUCGACCCCGACGAGGACUCCAGCCGCAAGAGGGUCACCAGGAUCUCCAGUCCCGAGCGGUGGGAGAUCAAGCAGAUGAUAUCGUCCGGUGUGAUCGACAAGAGCGAGCUGCCAGACUUCGACGAGGAGACCGGUUUACUACCGAAAGACGAAGACGGGGAAGCGGAUAUCGAGAUCGAGCUGGUGGAGGACGAGCCCCCGUUUUUGCAGGGUCACGGGCGUGCGUUACACGAGCUGUCUCCUGUGAGAAUAGUCAAGAAUCCCGACGGAUCACUGGCACAGGCGGCGAUGAUGCAGAGCGCGCUCGCCAAAGAGAGAAGAGAGCAAAAGAUGAUCCAGAGGGAGCAGGAGAUGGAGAGUCUACCGACCGGAUUGAACAAGAACUGGAUCGAUCCAUUGCCCGAGGCUGAUGGCAGAGCGUUGGCGGCGAACAUGCGCGGCGCGGGCAUCACGCCGCAAGAUUUGCCCGAGUGGAAGAAACACGUCAUCGGAGGCAAGAAAUCCUCCUUCGGCAAGAAGACUAAUCUGUCUUUACUCGAGCAGAGGCAAUCCUUGCCCAUUUACAAACUCAGGGAUGAAUUAACUAAGGCGGUGGCCGACAAUCAGAUCCUGAUAGUGAUCGGCGAGACUGGAUCGGGCAAGACGACGCAGAUAACUCAGUACCUGGCCGAGUGCGGGCUGACGGCGCGCGGCAAGAUCGCGUGCACGCAGCCGCGGCGCGUGGCCGCCAUGUCCGUGGCCAAGCGCGUGGCCGAGGAGUUCGGCUGCAGGCUCGGCCAGGAGGUCGGCUACACUAUACGCUUCGAGGACUGCACCAGUCCGGAGACAGUCAUCAAGUACAUGACAGACGGUAUGUUGCUUCGCGAGUGUCUGAUGGAUCUAGAUUUGAAAUCAUAUUCAGUGAUAAUGUUGGACGAAGCCCACGAGCGGACCAUACACACGGACGUACUGUUCGGUCUACUGAAGCAGGCUGUGCAGAAGAGGCCCGAGCUCAAACUGAUCGUCACCUCAGCCACUUUGGAUGCGGUGAAAUUCUCACAGUACUUCUUCGAGGCACCGAUCUUCACUAUCCCGGGGAGAACUUUCCCAGUCGAAGUUCUAUACACCAAAGAACCGGAGACCGAUUACUUGGACGCGUCGUUGAUAACCGUGAUGCAGAUACAUUUGAGGGAGCCGCCUGGAGAUAUACUUCUGUUCUUGACCGGUCAGGAAGAAAUCGAUACGGCUUGCGAGAUCUUAUAUGAACGUAUGAAGUCCCUCGGUCCGGAUGUGCCGGAGUUGAUAAUACUGCCGGUGUAUUCCGCGCUGCCUUCGGAGAUGCAGACUCGUAUCUUCGAGCCGGCGCCGCCUGGUUCCCGCAAGGUGGUUAUAGCCACUAACAUAGCGGAGACGUCGCUCACUAUCGACGGUAUUUACUACGUCGUGGAUCCCGGUUUUGUGAAGCAGAAGGUGUACAACUCGAAGACCGGCAUGGACUCUUUGGUGGUCACUCCGAUUUCACAGGCAGCGGCAAAGCAGAGGGCGGGUCGCGCGGGCCGGACCGGUCCGGGCAAAUGUUACCGUCUGUACACGGAGCGCGCCUACCGCGACGAGAUGCUGCCCACGCCCGUGCCCGAGAUACAACGGACCAACCUCGCCACCACGGUGUUGCAGCUGAAGACGAUGGGCAUCAACGACCUGCUGCACUUCGACUUCAUGGACGCGCCGCCGGUGGAGUCGCUCAUCAUGGCGCUGGAGCAGCUGCACUCGCUCUCCGCGCUCGACUCCGAGGGGCUGCUCACCAGGCUCGGCCGCAGGAUGGCGGAGUUCCCUCUGGAGCCGAAUCUUUCCAAAAUUCUCAUAAUGUCGGUCGCCCUCCAAUGCUCCGACGAGAUAUUGACCAUAGUGUCCAUGCUCAGCGUCCAGAAUGUUUUCUACCGUCCUAAAGACAAGCAAGCUCUCGCCGAUCAGAAAAAGGCCAAGUUCAACCAGCCAGAGGGCGAUCACCUCACUUUGCUCGCGGUCUACAAUAGCUGGCGGAAUAAUAAGUUCUCCAACGCUUGGUGCUACGAAAAUUUCGUGCAGAUUAGGACGUUGAAAAGAGCACAAGAUGUCAGGAAACAGCUGCUUGGGAUUAUGGAUAGGCAUAAACUAGAUGUGGUGUCAGCGGGUAAAAAUACGGUGCGCAUUCAAAAGACGAUCUGCUCGGGAUUCUUCAGGAAUGCGGCCAAGAAAGACCCUCAAGAGGGGUAUCGCACUCUCGUCGACAGCCAGGUCGUCUACAUACAUCCCUCUAGCGCUCUCUUCAAUAGGCAACCCGAAUGGGUGAUCUACCAUGAACUGGUGCAAACCACGAAGGAGUAUAUGCGCGAGGUGACGACCAUCGACCCCAAGUGGUUGGUAGAGUUUGCACCGGCAUUCUUCAAGUUCUCUGACCCCACCAAACUCUCCAAGUUCAAGAAGAACCAACGGCUCGAACCUUUGUACAACAAAUACGAGGAACCGAACGCUUGGAGAAUAUCCAGGGUCCGUAGAAGAAGAAAUUAGUGUUCACCUGCACUCUUAUCUGUGUCACACUGAAGUAUUACAGAUAUUUCAUGUUAUAUAGUUCAAGGGAUAUUAUACUAUUUACCCUUCACAUUAAAAACAUUUUAAUGAGUUUCUUUGAAGUAUGAAAGAAGGAAUAGUCUUCUAAUAUGAAGUGUGUAAUGUAUGAUAUUGUUUGUAUCGUUGUUUUAUACCACUCUAUUUAAUAUUGUCAAAUUUGUUCUAGAUCAUUCCUUGACAAUAAAAAAUUUGCUAUGCUAACAAAACUGGAGUCGAAAUAUAUGUUAUCAAAUC